AUGCCGUUCGAUUCGUCUUCACCAUGGGCUCUCUCGGCAUUUGAGAGCCUCGGCUCCUUCAAUGUGCUAACUAUCGGCCUUGCGACCGCCCUUGUUAUCUUAUUCAUCCUAACAUUUCGCGACCCUCUUGCUUCGGUCCCCGGACCAUUCUGGGCUCGCUGGUCGCCUGCGUGGAUGAUCUAUCAUGCUCUUAGAGGUGACAUGCAUCGGGAGAUGAUACAGCUCCACGACAAAUAUGGAAGCAUAGUGCGUACGGGCCCAUAUGAAGUGAGUAUCGCAGAUCCAGAUGCGAUCCAGCUGAUAUAUGGUGCCGGGGCUUCCUUCAAGAAAAGCGACUGGUAUAGUGUGUGGCAAGGUCGGCGAAAGUUCGAUCUCUUUGCGGAGCGAGAUGCAAGCGUCCAUAGUACAAACCGCAGAUUUGUCAAUUCCAUCUAUUCGCUCAGCGGCUUGGCCGAGUUUGAGCCGUAUCUAGAUGACGUCUUGGACGUCUUCCUUUCUCGGCUCUCGCAGAUGGAUACACAACGUAUCGAUAUGGGCUACUGGGCGCAGCUGUUUGCGUUUGAUGUUAUCGGUGAACUCACUUUCUCCAAACGAUUCGGCUUCAUUGAGAGUGGUACUGAUAAGGAAACGUUCGUCCACAUUGACGGGGCUCUCCAGUCAGCUUCGUGGGUUGGACAGGUACCGUGGCUCUACUGGGUUCACGAUUGGUUGGCACCUUGGAUUGGGAAUCAUCUCAAAGUCACGAACCGCAACGGCCUACUACGUGAAAUAUCGGCCAAAGAAGUAAGCCAGCGAAGCUCAGUGCCAAGUAGCCACCCAGACAUGCUGGAUAAAUUUAUGGAGGUCCAUCGCAAGAAUCCAGAUCAGUUUGACAAUGCAGCAGUUAUGUCCAUGUCAGCGAGCAACAUAUUUGCGGGGAGUGACACCACCGCCAUCUCCAUCGGAGCCAUUCUCUACUAUCUCUGCAAGUACCCGCAGUAUAAAGAAAAGUUGAUGGAAGAAAUUUUUGCCGAGGCGGAUGCUGGUCACAUUGGGCGCACUAAUGCUCCAUACAAAGUGACUAGAAACAUGUCUUACUUGCAGGCUUGCAUUCAAGAAGGGUUGCGCUGUCACCCGGCGGUGGGAAUGUCUAUGCCCAGGGUCGUGCCACCAGAAGGUCUUGCCGUGAAUGGCGUGCAUAUUCCUGGAGGAAUUGUCGCUGGAACGAAUCCAUGGGUUAUCCACCGAAACAAAGAGAUUUUUGGGGAUGAUGCCGAUAUCUUUCGCCCAGAUCGAUGGUUAGAUGGUAAUGUGAGCCAAAAGAAACGGUUCUUCUUUGCAUUCGGCGCUGGGUCGAGAACCUGUAUUGGCAAGAGUCUAAGCUUGCUGGAGAUCUCCAAGCUUUUACCAUGCCUACUAUUGGAAUAUGACAUUGAAUUCGCCGAUCCAACCGCACAAAUAGAGGAACACUGCUGGUGGUUUGUCAAGAUCGAAAACUUGAACCUCUGUCUGAAAAGGAGAGGUGUCCAAUAA